ACACACUUACACAACACGGGCUCACAACAUAUCCACACCCACACACCAAAAGCAUCCAUACAACUACCAUUGCCGUCAUGACUCUCUUUGGUGGCUUUGGCUCGCGACGGGGCUCCAAACCCCGGGACCUGCACAUCCGCAAGGUCUCCUUCUCAGGCUGCUCUCUCGCCUCUACAUCCGACCGGUCAUUCUCUUCAGAUUCAUCAACAUCCACCAUCCGCGGCCUCACUCCUCGCUUGGCCCCCAACAGCGGCACUGCUGCUAGCUUCGACGCUUUCUCUAUUCACUCAGCCUCCCAGCCUCCCAAGAGGUUACAUGACCGGCCUUUCAUCCCAAUCAAUCAGCAUCACUUCAAUGCGGCGCCCACAUUUUACGACAGCGAGGAUACCGACAGCAGCGACCUCGAGGCUUCGGAGAGAGACUUUGAUGGCGAGGAUGAGGAUCAGACCCAGUUCACCAUGGAGCUCCCUCAUGCAAGUCCUGUGAACCACCACGACUAUGAAGGUGACGAGCCUCGGGAUUACUUUUUCAUGCACGUCAACCAGAGACCCUCACUACCCCGAUCUCGCUGGUCCGAGUCCACUAUCUCAUCAGUCGGUUCACUGGAUGACCUUACUCCCUCUACAAGCAUGUCCGAGCCUGUCUCGUCAAGCGCCAAGGCGGAUGCUGAGCAAGCCGAAGCCGCAGGCGAGUCUACGUCCAGCACCGUCGCCUCCAACGCCGUCCCCAAGAGGCCGACCUUUAGGACGGUCGACAGCUUUGAGGACACAUAUUUAUCAUUACGGGCGUUUUAAUUCGAGGGAACCUACUCAUCAAACUACUUACGCUAUACGCAAAGCCUACAAUUUCCUUUGUGUUAUGGGAAUGCAUCAGGCAGGGGUGUUCACAGGAUUUGGGCGGCGGCCUCGGGAAAUGGUCAUUCUUCAAAGAAGCAACGCAACACUGCAUUUUUCUUAUCAUUGUCUGAUUCUGCGAUUUUGGAACAAAGCGACGGCUGGGACGGAAAUCGGUUUGCAUUUGGGAUACCCAAGGGGGAUGGGCACGGAACUACUUCUGCAUGUUACACUCUGUCUACCUGUCAUUUCGAGUCUAUUCUCUACUGCUUUUACAUACAUGUUUUCCUUGCAUCUAUAUCCACCUUACCUACUCUAUCAUAGC